AUGAUUUCCAUUAUCUUUGAUGGUGCUGCCCAUGUCACUGUUGCUGGGUGCCUUGGAGCCUUCUUUUUCAAACAUACUAUGGUGGAUCACAUGACCAAGGCCAUCAAAGAAGCAGAGAACGUAACUGCUGGCCUUGUCAUAUCCGAGCUAUGUAUCUCUAUCGUGGCCCUAGUUCUAGCUUCCCACAGGACCGCUGGGAUACUCCUCAGUAAAGAAGCUCAAUCCCCUCCAAAGCACAAUUUGGCUGAGCUCAAUGCACCUCUCAUCUGCAACAAAGUAUCUGAUUUCUCUACUGCAUCAGACUCAAUUUCAUCAAAUCCUAUCACAACUGAAUCUUAUAGCACUCCACCAUGCCUAUUAAUUCCACCGAACCCAAUUGCAAAUGACUCCAACUGCUGCACUUUGCUGUCUACAUCAACACUAUGCAUGCCAACUUUACUGCUGCCAUCGCCUAUUCAGAACGAAAAGUGCCUUUCAAUCAAUUCUGACACCACUCUUGUUGACCACAAUAAUGAUUUCCAAAGCACUUGUCCCCAGGAUGACAAUGACUGUUCCAGUGGACCCCCUCAGUGGAUGAAGCUCCAGCCAAUCAUCCUACAGGACGGGCCCCUGACGACCACCAACAUUUUGCCUCUUGUGGAUGCUUCAACUCAAAUAACCACAACACUUUCUCUUGGCAGCAUUAUGCCUCAGAUUGUCUCGCCUCAGCUGAAACCCCUGGAUACAAAACGGCAUUGGGAUUUCUGCCCAGGCAGACACAAGCAAGUGUCUAGAUCCACACACGUGGUUGCUGUCUGUGGCAGCAUUGAAUGCACUUACGCCAAGCAACAGGUAGAAUACGCUGCUAUAAUCCAUCACCUUGAACAAUUGCACAAUGAUAUCCUCGCCGACCAAACCACUCUCAUUGACGGCUGGGCAACUGCCAUGUCCCAGCUUGGACUCACCUCUGUGCUGUUGCCUGCCUCACCACCUCUGCACCAGAAGAUGCCCAACCCAGGAAACUCGAUUGUCAUCAUUCAAGACUGA